GGCUAUCACCUCGCCGAGCUCAACUACCCCGUCAACGGCCUCACCUGCCAUCCGUCCCCGAACGACGGCAAUGCCCCGCUCCGCCCAUGCCUCGGCCUCGACUCGAUCAAGUACAGCGCCGUAACCGCGCUCCUCACAGCCGGCGGCCUGGUGGGCAGUAUUCUGAGUGACAGCAUCGUGCGCAGCCAAGGCGUGCCCGGCGGCAUAGCGUGGACGGGUUGGCUCAACCUCGCCGGCGCACUCAUGAUGGCGCUCGCACCACACUGGGGCGUGCUGGCACUUGGGCGCUUCGUAGCCGGUCUCUCGUGCGGUCUCGCCAUCUGCACCGUCCCGCCGUACCUGGCGACCGUGGCGCGCACGACGCCUGAGCUGCAGUCCCGCUCCGGACAAAUCGGCGCGCUCAACCAGCUCGCAAUCGUCAUCGGCAUCUGCUCGUCGCAGGUCAUGGGCAUGAUCUUGACUGGGCCGACUGGAGACAAGCCCGGCCGCUGGCGCUACGUCCUCGUGAUCAGCGCGUUGGCGUCGAUAGUCCAGAUUGCAAUGGGCGAGAGGCCGAUGAACCAGGAAUACACUCCGCACGACCCCGACACGCGCUCUGAUGAGGCAGCAGCGCCGCUCCUCCCCGCUCCCGGAUCGGCGGCGUCGUCCGACCAGCUGUCGAUCCGUGCGGUGCUCUCCAACCCUGCGUUCCGUGGUCCGGCGCUUCUCAUCACCACCAUCAUGGUGCUGCAGCAGCUGAGCGGAGUCAACGCUGUGCUGUUUUACUCGGCACCGGUAUUGUCGUCGGUGCUCAAAGGCGCUGGGGCGGGUGUGCUCAGCGUCGGCAUCACGGUGGUGAACGCACUCAUGACGCUGCCUGCUAUUGCACUGGUAGACAAACUCGGCCGCCGCACCCUCCUCCUAGCUUCGGCGAUCAGCAUGGCAUUCAUGAGCAUCAUGCUGGCUGUCGGUCUCGACCAGGGCAGGCAGUACAUUUCCAGCUUUGCCAUUGUCGCGUUUAUUGCGGCGUUCGCAAUCGGGCUCGGCCCCGUGCCCUUCCUCCUCGUGUCGGACAUGUUGCCCGGCCCCGCCAUUCCCGCCGUGUCGUCCCUCGCGCUCUCCGGGUCGUGGAUCACCAACUUCAUCGUCGCGAUGGGCUUCAUUCCGCUCCGCGACGCGCUGAGCGAGCCUGCGGACCCAAAUGACCCAGGUAACGGCGCACGGCUGGGCGAGGGCCGCGUGUUCUACGUCUUCACGUUCACGCUCGUGCUCAUGGUCAGUGUCGUGCUGCGGGGUGUACGCUCGUAG